GGUGCAGUGAUUGCAGCCGCUCUCUCCUCACACUCUGUCCGCUGCGCUGCAGAGACUGACGCGGUGCACAGUGUCAACAACAACAACAACAACAACAACCGCCGCUGUCACACGCACGCGUGGAAUCUGACGUGAUGGUCGUGCUGUCGGCAGCGUCCCGUUCAGCCUCAGCCUCCUCCGUGUGCGGGGAUCCUCCCUUCACUCCACACACGCGCCUGUGCGGCGGCUGCUGACGGACACAGCGGCUUUGUCCGAGCAGCGUCCACGCGCGCACACACACACACUCACCCACCCACCCACGCACGCACGCGCGGAUCGAUCAGUUAAUCGAUAAGGUAUCUGAGGUGAUCCGGAUCCAGUCCCUGCGGCGAUGUAAAGAUGGCGAGAGUGCUCCACAACUUGAUGGUGUUUGCGCUGAGUCUCGCGCAGAACAUCAGAGGCGCGGGCUUCUGGUCGCUGGUCUACGGUUAUUGCGCGCUGUGCAGCGUGGUGGCGCUGUUCAAACUUUGGUGGAGCUUCCUCCUCAGGCCCACGACCACCUUUCAGUGGACCGUGCGUGACUGUCCACCCGCGUGUCUGAAUGACACGUCCUUGGGAACCCACUGUUACGUUCGCAUCAAGGAGUCUGGUCUUAGGUUCCAUUAUGUCGCUGCUGGAGAGAGAGGAAAGCCACUCAUGCUCUUCUUACACGGCUUCCCCGAGUUCUGGUUCUCAUGGCGCUACCAGCUGCGUGAGUUUAAGAGUGAGUUCCGCGUGGUCGCCAUCGACAUGCGUGGCUACGGGGAGUCCGACCUUCCGCUCUCCGCUGACGCUUACCGCUUCGACUUCCUGGUCACUGACGUCAAGGACAUCGUGGAGUAUUUAGGUUACAACAGAUGCUGCCUCGUGGGUCAUGACUGGGGCGGAACCAUCGCCUGGCUCUUUGCCAUUCAUUACCCAGAGAUGGUGACCAAACUCAUCGUCCUCAACUCUCCUCACCCGUCUGUGUUCACAGAUUACGCUCUUCGUCACCCGAGCCAGUUGCUGAAAUCCAGUCAUUUCUUUUUCUUCCAGCUCCCUCGCUUCCCAGAGCUCAUGCUCUCCAUCAAUGAUUUCAAGGCUCUGAAGGCUCUGUUUACCAGCCGCAGCACAGGCAUCGGGAGGAAAGGCCGCUGGCUCACAGCUGAGGACUUAGAGGCGUAUCUUUACGCACUGUCACAGCCCGGAGCUCUAACUGGAGCUCUCAACUACUACAGGAACGUCUUCAGCUCCCUCCCUCUGAGCCAGAGCCACAUCAGGUCUCCAGUGCUGCUGCUGUGGGGGGAGCGCGACACCUUCCUGGAGCAGGAAAUGGCAGAGGCCUGCCGCCUCUACAUCAGGAACCAUUUCCGUCUCAACAUCAUCUCCGGCGCCAGUCACUGGCUCCAGCAGGACCAGCCUGACAUCGUCAACACCCUCAUAUGGACUUUCCUCAAGGAGGGAGAAGGACGCAAGAGCUACAGGAACUAACACCAACGCACACACCCCCACCCCACUGUGACACCGACGCAGUCAUUCCUCAAGGUCUUUCAUAUUUCAGAUCUUUUUUUAAAGGUUGUUAAGGACAGAAUGAAAGCACACUUCACUGGAGAGCAUGGCGAGCGGUUUUUGGCAGAUUCACUAUAUUAUUUUGCACAUGGUUACAGCGUUACAGAAUCUCCACGUGAUUUGUUAUUGUGUGGUGCCUUUUUAACUUUGUGUAAAGAUCUUCAGAGGGACGUAGUCGUGGCAUUGUCUGCUUUACCCGUGUGUGUUUGUUGGAGUCGCAGCACACGACUGUGGGCGCUGUAGGAGCAGUAACUCUCCCUCUCUUCUUAUCAGGUAGGAUUGUGUUGUUCUCCCCUCAAACAUGUAGAUUAUAGAUUAUGCUUUUUUUCUUGAUCUUCCUGUAAAGAAAUGUCAGUGAUGGUUGACUAUUGUACUUAUUUUCUAUCUUUUUCCUACUCACUGCAUUUUGAAAUUUACUGAGCCAGGUCGACACCUUUUGAUUUUAUAAAUAA